AUGGGGAUGAGAUGGAACAUGAAAAUACUUUUGCAGUACAAUGUAAAAUGUGGGUUCUUGAAUUACUGUUGGAACGCUCCAGAGAAGAAGAAGCGGAACUCUGCAGAAGCACUAAAAAAGUUAAAAGAAUCUCACUGUGAUGAUUCUCAGCAACGCCCUCCCCAUGGUUUCAAAGCAAAUGUUAUGGGUCCUUCUUUUUUAGCGGAGUCCAGCACUACUAAGAAGUCCUUUAAGGACAAACUCAUAGGAGAAAUUCCAGGUGCUUAUGCUCAGGCGUUUGAUUUCUCUGAAUACAUCGACAACGGCAUGGAAUCGGAACCUGAAUCUGAGGUGGAUAGCUUGAGGCAAGGUGUUGCUGCGGUUCGUCUAUCAAGAGAUAUUAUCCACCGUAUUAGAGCACCUUGGUCUAGUGCUCUCAUUGUCAAGGUGGUUGGCAGAACAGUGGGUUACAAUUUUUUGCUCUCCAAACUCCAUUCUCUAUGGAAGCCAAAGGGCAAAAUAGACUGUGUGGACUUGGAAUGUGAUUUUUAUCUCAUCAGAUUCUCCCUCAAAGAGGAUCAUGAUGCUGUCCUUAUCAAGGGUCCCUGGCCUGAGGAAACUAACAUUGCGUCUGUGGCAGUCUGGGUUAGGCUCCCACGCCUCCCUAUUGAGUACUAUGACCUUGAAGCUCUCAAGGAGAUUGGCCAAGCGAUUGGUAUAGUGCUGUGGAUAGACACUCACACAGCCUCCGAAGCCAGGGGAAGAUAUGCCAGAUUGUGCGUCCAGGUGGAUAUUAAUAAACCGUUGAUUUAUACAGUUCUGAUUGGGAAAUUCCAGCAAUCGAUAGUCUACGAGGGAAUAGGCAAAUUAUGCUUCUCAUGUGGUCGCGUCGGUCAUCGACGUGACAAUUGUUGUUACACCAUUAAAUCUCAACCGUCGAGCAACUCUGCUCAGGCAGAGGACUCACGCUCUUCGGAUGGGGAGGUACGUUCACCAGCUGCAAGUAAUGCUCCCACUACAAACUCUGACCCAGGACGACCUGUCACAGCAGGCUCCAAUCCCACUACCGAUACUGGUAUGGUGACUGUACCUAACCAUUCGCUAGAAGACAAGUAUGGUCCGUGGCUUGUAGUAACACGCAGGAAACAAGCUAACAAAUUUUCCAAGAGAACCAAUGGUAACACGCCUUCAAAAGCUCCCUUUCUGGCCCCGACUCGGCCCAUUAUCCUAUUGGCAGUAACAUAG